AUGCUCCCGCUCGCCGCCGCAAGGGCCUGCCUUUCCUCCCCGGCGCCGUCGCCGAGACCGCAAACCCGAGCGGCGCCUCCCUCCCCCCUUCCCCGUCGCCGCUCCACCGCCACACUGCCCAGACCAGCCAGGAUCCCCUUCCUCCGCCCGCUCGGGGAUGGCGCGCCGGGCGCGUCCUCACGGCCCACGAGGGACCACAUGAUCGACCUUGGCAAGCAUAAGGGCCAGAUGCUGGGCACGCUGCCGUCAUCCUACCUGCGCUGGGUGGUCGCGGAGCUCGGCCACGAGGACACGCUGGUCUGGGAGGGCCUGGCGCGCGAGGUGCUCGACGACCCCGUCUAUGUCGACCGCGUCGAGUGGGAGCAUACGCACCGCUUCCUCCACGGCGACUCCAAGUUCGACUACGUCUACGACGACGUCGACGGCGACGGGCCCCUCCAGGAGAUGGCCGAGCGCUUCGGAUGGGAUGUCUCCAACGAGGACGGCUGGGGCCGCCUCGACUUCCACCUUCUCAUCACCUCCUAUGGCGGCCGCAUCCCGAGGAAGGCCGACCGGCGCUAGAGCACCGACAGCCAGCAACAGAUCCCCCGCGGCAGCGGCGCCCUGUUCGACACCGGGGCGGCCGACCCGGACGGGCCGAGGGGGAAGAGGGACGAGAGGAGUGAGCGGAUGCGGACAAGGAGGGAGGAGCAGGUGAGGACGGCGAAACUGGAUGUGCUCGGCGUGAACUCCGGCGCGGGCGAGGCUAGCGCGCCGUUAACGGCAGUUAGUGUGCGGCUGGUGACGGUUGUCCACGGUGGCACCUGGUUCGUGGGCCCAACCUGUCAGAUUCGUGCUUAG